GUUUUGGCUGCCGCAGCCCGAGCUCCAGGAUCCUGACAAUGGACUACUUUGCUUGAGAAGGGCUUUGCAAAGUGCCGACAGAGCCAUACAUUCAGAUCCAUCCGACGUGGGGCUGUUUGUGGAUAUCUUGAACGAGGUGGCACGGCUCUUCGCAAAGGGUGCUGGCCAGGUCUCUCCUGCCGUGCUGAGCAAAACUGUCGGUCUUUGUGUUCAACAUGUCAGGUAUAUCGGGAGCCGUGUCCCGGUGGACUCGAUGCGGGCGCUGCAUGCGAUUCUUGCAGACCUGGCUGCGAAGCAGGUGGACUCGGUAGAGGCCGUCAUGGCCGGCGACGCCAAUGUUUCCUACCUGGAAGUGGAUCUCCGCCCGGCAGAGCAGCUCACUACCUUGCAGUCCUUGCCAGACGUCAAAGCAUGA